ACACAUCCUCCUGUUCUCUCCUCUGCUCUGCUCUCCGCACUGCACGCUUCGUCUCUUGACUUCGCAGUAAACUCUGUUCUCAUUGUACCUCUCCUCUGGAUUCAGUGUUUGUUGGAUUUUGUGCAGAGCUUGCUGUGUGCUCUCGCUCCCCGGAGACCACACUGUAAAGGAUGGUCGGUCAGCAGAAGUGUUGGGACGCUUUUCUCCUCCCGCUGCCAACCUUUUAAUCGCUCUGGGGCGACAUAAAGCUCGCUGACAGUGAGAUUAGUCCACCUCUGUCUUUCCUCUCCUGUCCCCCCUCUCUGAUAUGCAGUAACCGCGCGCGGAUGGAGGUGACGUUCUGCAGAAUUGAUGCCAAAUAGUAAACAAGUGCAAUCUGCGCUUGAGGAAUCUGCGGAGAAGUUUGACUGCGCAUCGUCUUGUGUGGAAUGGGCGAUGGAAUGUGCUACAGCUUUGCAAUGAGCCGUCUGUGGGUCUGUGUCCUGCUUGUGAGCAUCACCUGCCGUCUGAGCCUCUCCCAGGAGGUAACUGGAACUCCCAAAGAGGCAGAAUUAAAUGACAACAUCACCAUCUUCACACGCAUCCUGGAUGGACUGCUGGAUGGCUACGACAACAGACUCCGCCCUGGACUGGGAGAAAAGGUGACGGAGAUUAAAACCAACAUCUUCGUCACCAGCUUUGGUCCCGUUUCUGACACUGAGAUGGAAUACACCAUUGACGUGUUCUUCCGCCAAAGCUGGAAAGAUGAACGGCUACGCUUUAAAGGCCCGAUGGAGAUGCUCCCUUUGAAUAAUCUGCUGGCCAGCAACAUCUGGACUCCGGACACCUUCUUCCUCAACGGGAAGAAAUCCAUCGCACACAACAUGACGACGCCAAACAAGCUGCUGCGACUGCAAGACGACGGGACUCUCCUAUACACCAUGAGACUGACUAUAUCAGCAGAAUGUCCCAUGCAGCUGGAGGAUUUCCCGAUGGACGCCCAUGCUUGUCCCCUCAAAUUUGGAAGCUACGCGUAUCCGGUCUCAGAGGUGGUCUACACCUGGACUCAGGGAGCAGCCAAGUCUGUGGUGGUGGCAGAGGAAGGCUCUCGACUGAACCAGUACCAUCUGAUUGGACAGACUGCAGGAACAGAAGACAUCUACACCAGCCGAGGUCAAUACACGGUGAUGAUGGCUCACUUUUACCUAAAGAGGAAGAUCGGCUACUUCGUCAUCCAGACCUACAUGCCCUGCUUCAUGACUGUGAUCCUGUCACAGGUGUCCUUCUGGCUCAACCGGGAGUCUGUGCCAGCGCGGACUGUCUUUGGUGUGACCACAGUGCUCACCAUGACCACUCUCAGCAUCAGCGCUCGAAACUCGCUGCCUAAAGUUGCUUACGCUACAGCCAUGGACUGGUUCAUCGCCGUGUGCUACGCCUUCGUCUUCUCCGCCCUCAUCGAGUUCGCUACAGUGAACUACUUCACCAAGAGGAGCUGGGCCUGGGAUGGGAAGAAGGCAAUGGAGGCGCAACAGCCUAAAAAGAAAGACCCUUUGGCUCUGUCUAAAAAGCCAAACAACACCUGUUCAGCUGGAGUGAAUUACACAGCCAACCUCACCAAGGACGCCUCCAUCUCCACCAUUUCAAACAGCACGUCUGUCCAGCUCAAACCCUCUGAAACCAAAGCCCCGGACCCUAAAAAGACUUACAACAGUGUGAGCAAGAUCGACAAGAUGGCUAGGAUAGUGUUCCCGGUGCUGUUUGGGACCUUUAACCUGGUCUACUGGGCCACAUAUCUCAACAGAGAACCAGUGAUCAAAGGAGCUGUGUGAGCUCUGAGACCAUUCAUCCUCCUGACAACCAUUGAAGGAUUUGAUAACUGGAACGCAAUCAAAUUCGAAGCCAAGCACUUAGUCCUUGUAUCAUAGAUGUGUUUUUUUAUGCCACUGGAUCAGAGAUAUCCUGGUACCAACUUCUCCAUACCCGUUCCAGUACCUGAAUGUGCAAACUGGACGAUGCAGAGCACCAAUCUGAUGCACGAGGGAGCUGUAAACCGAUAAACCACAACACUAUGACCAACUGUGCAGUCUAAUGCAACCCGACAUAACAGCUCUACCUUAAAUUCUAACUUUAUGAAGCCUCUACAUUUCAGUAUCAGACAAGUGAAGAUUGUACGUUAUUAUUGCAGUCCAAGCAGGUGGUGGCGGGGGAGCAAAAUAUGAGGAACACCUCUAAAUAAAAUACACAUCAGCACACCAAAUAAAGUGCAGUUAUCACCUUUCUGACCAUCCUUCCUAAGAGUAGAACUUAUGGUACAGCUGCAUUAGACAUUGCUGCUAAUCUUGUGUGACUAUGACAUGAUUUUUAUCUUCUUCUUAUGUUGUAGUUUAAGAGUUGAAGGUGCUGUCUGAUGUCCCCACACUUAGCUGAGUGUGCUUGACUACGCACACACUUUGGUGAGGUUUUGCCAGGUUAGGGAAACAUUUGCCCAGAGUGUGUAGGCACUUAUUACUGCACAUGAUUGUUAAAAGCAAUUGGGACACACUUGCAAACCUGCUUUUCAUCGUGCAUUAGACUGAGAAGAUAAUGUUGCUUAAGAUUUUAAAAAAUGCAGCUGAUUGUGCUGGCAUUAUUUGGUGCUGUGCUCAGGCAACUUAUUAUGAAUUGCUGUGGACCUGCUCACUGCAGAUGCAUUAAUGGAGCUUGCAAACAUGAGGUUAUGCCAAGCGGCAACCGCCAGUCUAAAAAUAUGAGGCCAAUGCGGAAGUGCUAAAAACUGCAGUUCAUCGAGGAUCCGCUUGAGGCUGGCUCCAGAAGUACUGGAAACCACAUACACACCCAUUCAAAGAAGCCGAUCUUUACAGCAGAAAUAAACAUGUUUACAGCCUGGAUCAAAAAACAAGUGUAAUCUGGAUAGCUCAUUUCUCUAUCAGCACACACUGUAUGGGGUGGAAUUUUUUCUAAGACGGCAGUUUCAAAGAUAUUUAGAUAACGAGUUUUCCAUUACGAGAAGCACAGCUGAUUUGAUUGACAGGCGGGAACACUGUAGCUGUUGGCUAGGAGGCUCAAAGCCCGCCUCUUCACGUGACACUAGCUUGACAGCAAUUAUGUUGAGUUCAACAUUUCCAAUAUGGCUCCUGCCGAUGAUUGGCCUCAAAACAGCGCUUCAGAAACAGAUGGGUGAUGUCAUUAUACUACGUCCAUUAUUUAUACAGUCUAUGGGUUAUACCAUCAUAUGAGUUAUGAAUAUAAUAUGAAGUUACAACAUUUGUAUCUUUGCAACAUCUUUCUUGUAUUGACAUUUCUUCCGUUGAUCUCAUGGCUCUUGAUAAUAACACAGUGGGAAUAAACUUCACCAACGUGAUGCAUUGCAGGAUUUAUACUUCAGCUAUUACCGCUCAGCUGUGGUCUUACAGAAAGUACAGAUAAAGUGCAAAUCAAGCACACUGCACUUUGAUUGUUGGAGAUACGGGACACACUUGCACACUGACUAAGCACAUGAACGUGCACACUAAGCAUGUAAGUGCAAUAAAGUGUGUUAUAAAACAGCCCCUAAAGGUUUUAGAGAUUUACCCCAAAAAGGACAAACUGUGACGUGCAGAUAUGAAUUCAUGUUCAGACCUCUGUGAUUUUGGCUUCACUGGUUCCUUCAUUCAGUCAGAUUGGUGCUCAGGCUGGUGUAUUUGUAAAUACGUGCUCCAGCAUUUCAGAUGGUGAAAGGCGUUUUCAGGUGCUGGUACGGGUACUGAAAGAACUCUACUUCGAAUAACAUUGCAUGUCUGUCGCUUCAGGAAGAUGUUGCCAUGUUUGCCUUGAGUUUGUACAGUUUGUAUGAUAUGACUUCUCCUUACAGACAGUUUGAUUUUGGAACUACAGUCACUCUUUACUUUUCUUUCACCCUCUGGUAUUGAAACAUUUUAGCAUUUGGCAUUCAGUUUCUUUUUCAGUCUCCAGACGACGAUGGUACAAGGCCAAAUGCUAUGCAAAACUAUGUAUUUAAUGUGUCCCCUAAAAGCAGCUUUUACCUUUUGAACUUAUAAUUUGUACAAAUGAGCUGGAGGUCCAGGGGUGUGAGUCUGGGCCCAGGCACAUGGGACUUUGCUUCCUUGUGAAAAGCAGAAGAAUAGCCAUGCUCAAUGUGUUGCCUUCAGAGUGUGAGGACUUGUUAUGAAUGCACUGAUAUCGCCUGCAGUUGCUUUUUCAGAUUUUCAGAAGCCAGUUUUACUUUCAUUGAACCGUCUCUUUGUUCGUGUUCUGCAGCUUCCUCUGAAUGUUAACGGCCAGUUUGACAUGAAUGUUUUUCUUUUUAUAUAGAUUUGAAAUGGGGACGGACUGAGAGUGGCAGCUUCUGUUUCCAGGUCACCACGUUGAGAUUCUUGUAUGUACUGAACGUAAUUUAACAAACGUGUAUAUAUGCCCUGCUUUUAGCUACGCACCACUAAGCCAGUAAGGUUAGCUUCUAUGUUAUGCAUUUACAGCAGUGUUAACUCUAGUCUAGUGCUUCAUUGACUGGAUGUGGAGAAAUGAGCAGAAUAGCUUGAGCUUUGCAGUUUUGACAGAAUACGCGACGCUUUUUUAACACAUUUAAAACUUUUGAUUUUUUUGGAUGAGUUUGUUCUUUCUAUGAGCUUUUAUGAAAACUUGCAGAUGUUAUUGAUAAAUGUUUCAGUGCUUUGAGCAGGAUCACUUUUUGUCAUGAUUUAGAGUAGUUAAGAGAUGAAGCUGAGCUUGUCUUAUCAUCGGGUCAAAGAGGCAGAAAGUCACAACUUGAAGGGAAAUACUGUUUGAAAACUGCUUUAUUAAAAGGUUCUCAAUAAAAACACGAGACCAGGUAUUACGCAUAAACAAAUACAUCAUCAUGAGGUGCACAUUGUUAGCUCACCUGCUAGAGCUCACACCUGAAGAGGUGACCAUCACAGUGGUCCAGGUCAGUGCCUGUCUCUGGUUUAAAUACAGCAGAAAGUCCCCCCAAAAUGUUAAACAACUGUCAUCAAAUGGCCAAGUGAUGCCUUUAAGGAACAGUUUGACUUUUGUAAAAUACCAAUUUAUACAAUUUUAGCAAAGCUUCAACGCUCUGAUAUCUGUACCUACAGUAAGUCUAUCUUUCAACCCCUUAAAAGCUCACUGAUACACACAUCAGUUAUAAUUUGCCUCCAACGUACAGAAGAGAGUCACUGACUGUGGCUGCUACCAGUGUUGUAGUACUCCAGUCCAGGACUGGAACUCAGACUCCACUUGGACUUGGACUCUGGGCACUGGAGACUUGACAUGGACUUGAGGUUUGGUACAUGGACUACGACUCCGCCUAGUACUACUCAAGAUUUUGCAUUAGCCAAGAGGAUAGCAUUCUCAUCAUUGGUUGUGUUAUCACACAUCAACAGUGGAGCUCCAGAAAGUCAAGCUUUUAUUUUGAAACUUUGAGCUGUGUGUUCAUUUAUCUCUUAAAUUAGAUCCAAACUUUGCUCUGCUUGUGCAACAGAUCCACGAAAACCCCGGAGAAGUCCCAAACAUAACCCGAGAUAAAACCCCAACAUGUUGAUAAAAUGAGUCUUUAACGGACUAAACAAAGAAGAGUUGGUGUGAGUUGUCGUUAAAAGAACUUCAGACAUGCUGGAAAGAGAUUUUUAAGGCUAUGACAUGCUUUGCUCAGCUAAGCUAAAGAUGACCUGGCUCUAGCUACAUAUUUACUACAGAUAUGAUUAUCUACGGAGCCCCUGAAGUCCCAAAGGGUGAUCAUGUUUGUCUUGUGUGCUCAAGAUGUUAAUCUCUGCAAAUACAGCAGAGAACAUAAUUUCAUAAAGGCCAUCAUUCAUCAUCAGAUACAGACAUUUUCCGGUAGUUUGCUUUUUGUUUGUGUAAACACUGUUUAUCCGUGUGGUACGUUUGAGAGAGCCUCUGAAUGUAAAAUCAAACUCUUCUUUGAUGAUUUGGAUUUGCUGUAAAGUCAUUCUGGCUCACCACGCCAUGCUUUACUGGCUUAAACAUAUCUACAACAUUCAUCUCUUCGAUGUAGCAGUGCUGUCCCUCAGAUAGCUACGUAAUUGCUCUCGUGCUAAGCAUUUCUUUAGCGUAUCACUGUUGGUGACCGUGAGAGACUUUGAUGCUGCUGUUGUUAUCAGAAUAAACCGUGUGGGAGCCAAGAGUGAAUAAUUAUGUCCAGGUCAUCACACAUGGUAGUUUUCUUGUGCACACAAGAUAAUAAUUAUCACCUUUUUGGGACUUCAGGGGCUCCACAAACCGGUCUCAUUUCACUUUUAACAAGUAAACAAACAGGAUUUUUGACUGAAAUCUGCACCAGAAUAAAAGGAAGUCAUCUUCAGAUUAAAAGUGACUCUUUCUUUGCACAGAUUAUGUAAAAGCUGCAGAUGUUACACUCUCCUCAGCAGAGACAGUUUGACAGUUUUCAGAUCAGGCCCCGUAGAAACCCACAGUGACACUGUCCGUGUUUGUCGUCUCUUUGGGCCGAGGGUUAAACUGAACAUGAAUGUGAUCCCCUUCAGUGUGGCCUGACUCUCAUAGGUUCAUGUAAGUUUAUGGAGCACACCAGUUGUAUUGUAUUAUUACACUUAAGCUAAUUUUAGGUACAGAAUGUUCUUUAAAUGCAAUUAUCUGAAGCAAUAAAUAAUGCUCAUAUUAUUAAUGACUUCUGUUCGGGUUAAAGAUGUGAUCAUUCCACUUUGAUUUAGUCUUUUUAUGCAGAUUUGAUCCUCUUCGCAAUAGUCUUUUUCUAAAUAUGACCGUCCUCUGAUUCGUUCUGGCUCUGCUCCCCUCUCUCUGGAAGCACAGUGCUCGCUCUUAUUUUGGUGAAAGACCUGUGCAGGUGACUAAUGUAAGGGUCUGAUUCAAACCUGAACUUUUUUUCUGGAUUGUUAUGCAUACAUGAUUCCAAAUAAAGCUUCACUGACUCA